AUGACGACAGACGGACGAAGAUGCGGAGCUGCCGAUCAAAGGAAAAAAACAGUUACGGACGGCUUCAAAGCGAAGACAAUUAAGGAAAACACACUUAAUUUUUCUCUUUCAUUCACUCUUUCUUUCUCUUCCUCUAUCUCUCACUCUCUCUCUCUCUCUUUCUCUCUAUCUCACUUUUUCUCUAUCUCUCGGUUUCGCACUCUUUUUCUCGCUUUCUUUAUACCUCUAUGUUUCGCUCUAUCUCUCUAUGUCAUGGUUUCGCCCUCUGUUUCUAUCUCUCUCUUUCUAUCUCUCGGCUUCACCCUCUCUCUCUCCCCCUCUCUCUCUAUCUAUCUAUCUAUCUCUCUCUCUCUAUAUAUAUAUAUAUAUAUAUAUCGGUUUCACUCUCUCAUUCUCUCACUUUCUCAUUCUCUUUCUCUAUAUAUAUCUAUCUCUCGGUUUCACACUCCCUAUCUCUCAUUCUCGGUUUCACUCAACCACUCUCGUUUUCACUCUCUCUCUCUCUCUCUCUCUCUCUCUCUCUCUCUCUCUCUGUUGUGGUAG